AUGCCGCACAUUAUCGCAGUAAUGCAGCAGAGACUUGAGCACCGAUCAAUUGCAGUCCUGAUUGAAAGUGAUCGUUACCCCCGAUGCCGCUCUGACGCUGGCGUCACAGGCGCUGAUACUGCACUCUUUUCUCGUGGAGAGUGGGAUGGUUCGCUGAUUGUAAAGGGUCUGGAUACUGCCUUUCUUGACUUACCCAGUGCAGCGUGCUAUCUCAUCCUCAGACAGAGGGAUGGAUACCCCUAUGCCAUUUGUUAUGGCAGGCCCUGGAUUGAGGUGUACACCUCGCCAGAGCUACGAGUGUGCAAGGUCGGAGUUCCGAGUGACAGUGAUGGUGAUAAAAGUGGGCAGGGGAAAAUGCGUCCUGGUCCAGGCUGUUCCAACUGGAUUGAGGUGCCUACCUCGCCGGUGACGGGCCCAGCAAAGCAGUAUGUAAACCCACAUGCUCUCGACUCUGCCAUCCUGGCAAGGAGUUGUCACAUCAAUCAGAUGCUCAUUCAAGCUGGAUCCCUGGCCCUGGUCAAGUGCUGCCACUUGUGGCCUUUUGGGAUUGUAAGUGCAUUUAUGAGUGUCCUGAGAUUCCACAUCGAUCACUGCCUCCUCCCCAAGGACCCUUUUCUCCAAGAGCAUGUGAUUAGUUUGGCUAAGUGGACCAUGGGCCAUAGUGCAGCGUCUAAGCGGCGCCAGAGGCGACGCCCUGGGAAGCGAGAGCGACAAGCUGCUACGGAGCCGAGUGCUACAGAGAAUGCAGUGGCUCCCCCCGAGGCAGAUGUGGAGGGGACUGACGAUGCGGACGUUACUGGAGAUGUAGUUGGCUCUAACACCGGCGACGUCGUGAAUGAGUGGGAAGCCUCCACCAAUGGCGAAACCCACCCUUCUACCUCGAGUAGCUCUGGCUUGGCAGGUCUUCCGUUGACGCACGUGCCAUGUAGGACUGACCAUGGACCCAGGAUGGAUGAUGAUGACGACCUGCGGUACCGAGAUGUACCUGCUGGGGGAGUGGAUGCAGAAGCCGUGACUGAUCCUCCCUCUAGUGGGAGCAAUCGUGUCGCUGAGGGUACUGCUACGUUGGUUGACGAUGCCGAUGUAAUUUCAUCCAGCAGCGAAGAGCUACAGACCCAUGAUAAGAAACGCCGGCGUCCACCCACGCCGCCUCGGCCCAGAGCGCUGCAGACACAGGCCCAUACAGAUGAGGAGCUAAUUCCAGAUGACUAUGCAGGCUACCCCGGACAAGGCCCUGAUGAGCCACGACUGGCCUAUCUGCGGCGAUGCUUGCGAGAGGCGCUCUUGGAAAGCACGCACUCGUCGACCGACUGGGCGAAGAGCCUAUAUGGAAAGAUGCUGCAGAGUGCAUGUGCGCAGCGACCCUUCUUCCUUGCCAUGCUUGCGGUGGCCUUGGACAGUUCGGAGUGCUGCAGCGCGCUGCCUAGCCGCCAAGCUUUCCACUGCCCAACGCAGAAGAAGAGGCAAUUGCGACUGACGGUGCAAGCCCUGGCCAUUCAAGAAACUCACUGGAGCUUCACCAGUGAAUGGAAAGGCCUGGCUUCCCACGCCGAGCAAGAAACAUGUGCCACGUGGGCAGCGGACACCACGCCCAUCGCAUCAAUUGAUACAUCAGGCCAGUUGCAGCCAGAGGACGAGAGGAACCAUUUCGUCCCUCUUUACGGGAUGGAGACAGGCGCGCUCAUGUCGCAGGAUGGUGAACUGAAGGCCAUCACUGACUACUUCAGAGGCGUGGCUCUUAGCUUAGACAUCAACAAAGCUUUUGAUCUGAUUCUGGACAUGUACUCAGAUGUCACCAAACGAACUCCGGUGCUCACGGCUCUGCCAAAGCCUCUGCUUGGAACAGGCACGGAGGGGAGCCUCAUGGGGGCACUACUGGGCUCCACCGGUACUGGCCAAGAAGGGGAUCAACGGCAGGCAAAGUGGCAGAAGGACCAGUCCAAGGGCCAGAACGGCAAAGGGAGGGGGAUGAUGAACGGCCGGCAGAAGCGCCCGUUUCAGAACGGCCAGCAGGGCGGAGGGACAGGGACAUCCUCCAGUGGCUUGGUGCUGUCCCCAGACACCAUUCAGAUGCUCAUCAAGCUCCUGCUCCGCCACGAAGAUCAAUUGGCGACGUUCCGUUUGUCAACGGCGUGGGUGUUCUUCCUGUCAGCGGAGAAGCCGGUGGAGAUCAUCGAGACGCUCUUCGUGACGGCCACACAGUGGAAGAGUCAGAAGCUCAACGACCCCGGCUCGCUGAGCAAUCCGAUGCGAGUCAUCUUGUUUCAGGCUACGUGGAAAAUGCUCCACACGAGAACGGAGAACAUCCGCACGAAGGAGGACGCCAGGCAGCAGGCCAUCGAAAUGGGCCUCUACGACGAGUUCAAGGGAUUCCCGUACCAAACUUGGAAUGCAAAGGAAAAGAAAGCCCAGAUCGACGAGAGCAAGGACCCGCUGCCGCUGGACAAGGUGCUCGAGCUGACAGCGGAGCUCAUGAAGCUGGCGGUGGGCAACGGAGUGGUCACCAGAUAUCACUGCACACGCCCCCUGACGGAAGACAUGAAGGGCAAGAUGACAACAUGGCUGAUGGAGGUGGGGCUGCGCGACAGCCGUUGCAACCGCAUCUGGGAGAUCCUAGCCGUGUUGAAGGGCAACGCCUCGUUGAAGCUGAUCGGCGGAGCCAUUCGCGAGGAGCGCCUCCAGAGAACUCCGCUCGCACAGACGCUUGCCCAGCACCUGAUGAGGCAGCCCGCAGACAACUAA